GAUUCACAUGCACACAUCGAGAAACAGCCGGCGCGAAGAGAGACCUCAGCGGAGCUGAAACAGAAGCACUCACAGUGAGGAGUGAAGAGCAGCUUCAAAGCACUUCUUUCUUUAAGACUGGUCAUCUUCAGUGUGCCUGGACUUGGAGGAGUUUGUUUGGCUUGACUUUGGACAGACACUUGCUUUGUUGCUCCUGAGAGACUGACAGACUUUUCUUCAAAUAGGACAAGGCACCAGAGAGAACAGGGAAAGACGAGUCUGAGACUGUCUCUAAGCAGUUGACUGCCUCCUUCCAGCAGUUUCUACACCUGGUGUCACAUUUGAUUUGAAGUAGAUUUAAUUUCGUACCCUUCUUGGCUUCUACAAAUGGCUGCUGUGCGUCAGAUGGUUAUGGAGGCCUCUGGCUUUCACGUCCUGCCGGCUCACCUUAUGGCCUCAGCCAUGGAGGAGUUCCCCCAGCAGCUGCCUGUCCCCAAGGCCCCAGCAAGGGGGAAGAGCCGCUCACGCCGACCUCGUGAGGCUCGCUUCAAAACACAACCUGUCACCUUUGCUGAGAUUGCAGAGGUAGAAGAAGAAGGUUCCUCGCCGCUGGAGGAGGAGAGGGCACGUCGCUCCUUCCUUCAGUCCCUGGAGAACCUGCGGCGGAGCACGCAGACCCUCCACUGCCCACCGGGCGCCCAUCACAGCUGCACCCCAGCACCCACACAGGCCAGCCUGGACUCCAGUGACUCCGACUCCACCCAGUGAGGUGCUGGGACGUGUCCUCCUCCUUGAACCCAUAUUCCUUGCUUCGCCUUGACGCCGCUUCAAAUGGAGGCCAAAUGAACUGAACCAAACUGGCCUGUCUGCCAGCCUGCCUGUGUGUGUGUGUGUGUGUGUGUGUGUGCGUGUGUAUGUGUGUGUGUGUGAGCUGCUGCUGUCAUACAAAAGUCUGCAUUUAAUGUACACUAACAUAUCAAUAUACAGUAUAUAGUUCAAGGAUGCACUUGAUGCAUAUCUGUAAAGAUUUCUACCAAUGCCACAGGAUGAUUAUACUGCUGUAUAGAUAUGACGAGUGUGAAGGUAGCAGAUGACACAGUGUUGAACACACCACUCUUCACAUGUAUUCCUUUUCUACUGUAGAUGUCUAUGAGAAAAACUUAAAAGAUGGUCGAUAUUUUUCCAUUUUAAAGUUGUAUAGGUAUUUUUGUUUCAACUCAGAUUUUUCUACUUGACCAGUCGCCAUAGAAAGGACUGUUAAAAAAUGUUAGUAUUGUGACUUAGCACACUGUAAAUAGUAUGCCUAAGCAAUGUACUGUGCAUCGAAAGUGACCUGGCUGUCACUGAAGCAGCAGACAAAGCUUUGUCGAGAGUUGUUUUCCAGCUUCACGAUGAAUGAAAUCUCUGCUCUUGCUUCAAUUCCUGAGCAAAAAAAAAUUCUUUCUAAAUGUCUUUAUUUAUUCUCCUAUUCUGUUCAUAACCAAGUGGAGUUGUAGACAUGAGAUUUUAUUGCUCUACCUGACUUCUAAAUUUACCUUGACUUUCAAAGAAAAUCAUAACCUUUAUACUUUAUAUUUGUUUUACUUUAUAAAUAUAUAUGUUGCAAUGUUUGUGAUAUGUACUUUAAUAAAUAUUUUCAAAUA